AUGGGCCAGACUUGUCUCUGCAGAGUAGAUGGUGGUUCAGACUAUAUCUCCGUCUUUACUCGCGACCUCGCUCUCGUAAAGCUCUUUCUCGAACGGGGUACCCCCGUUACCCAGCCUACCUUAAUUGAAGCGAUACGCCGCAGCGACACGGUACUACUAAGCCUACUCUUAUCACCGCCACUCGGUCAUACCGAUCCCAACACUCGCUUCAGACAGGACCGCGUACCUCUCGACUACUGGGCAAGUGGCACGAGCUACAGCCUCGGAGGCGACGCGGAGCAGGAGCCCUGGAGAUACACGCCUCCCCUCUCGAUUAACGUCGUCCUAGACCCGCUUAUGUACCCUCUGCACUUUGCCUGUCUGCAGACAUAUAACAACGACAACUACCAGACCAUUGUGGAGAUGCUACUGGACCACGGAGCGGAUUCCAACGCCCGGUACGAAAACGGCAUAACGGUGCUGUACUACGUCCUGAGCCAGAAGGUCGACUCCCUGGCGGUAAAGCUCCUGCUAGCCCGCGUCGCUGUCGGUGGCGAUGACGAUGGUCUCGAGGUGCGGAACCCGCUGGGCAUGACGCCGCUGCUCAUCGCCGCACACAUGGCGGGCAAGAAGAGCCGCACGAACGACACGAGUCACCAGGACGCGAGCGCGUUGGUAGCUCACCGCCUGCUCGACCUAAGCGCGGAUCCCCGCGCGAGGGACAAUAACGGACAUAGCAUUCUGUACUAUCUAGGCUAUGGCGAGGACGGUGAAGGUCGAGACGUUAACGCUGGUAGCGGUGGCGGUGCGAUACUGAAUGAAAAGCUCUAUCGCUACGGCAGUUCUUAUGUAGAGCUCACGACCUCUUAG